AUGUCACAGUCCGACGUGAAAUUUAUUACGCGUUUCAUUCCACCCGAUCACAUUAGUUCAAUUACUUUUUCUGAUGCCGAUACAAAGAGAUUAGAUGAAAUUCAUUUAUUUCUCUCAAUCUUCGACAUUCGACGAUUUAAUGGACUGAAAUCGUUAAGUUUUGGUCAAACUAAUGCACAAAGCAGACAAAAACUUACUAUUCUUUCGAAAAUUAUCGAUCAGCACAAUCUUUUCCCAUUACGUCUCAGUAAUCUCGAUUAUCUAGUUGAACAUAUAUUCAGACCAGUACAACACGUAUUGAAACAUCUAGCGGUUCAUAUUUGUACUUAUUACCAAUAUCGAAAUAUUCUCCAUAGUUUACCUAAUUUACAAACGUUCGAAGUAGAAUAUUGUGAUAAUAAUGACAAUGAUGAAACUGUUAGAUCGUCAGCAAUUGACAGAACAUAUCACCAAUUAAAAUCUUUGACCAUAUAUAAUUGUCAGUUACCGAUUGAAUAUUUAAGAUUGUUUCUUUUAUUAACACCUGCCCUUGUUAAUCUCAAAUUGAUAUCUCCUAGAAAAGUGUAUGGACCUGUCUUUGAUGGUUCUUUUUGGGAACAAUUUAUUCAAAUUCGAUUAACACAAUUAAAUAAAUUUGAAUUUUUCUUUGUGUAUCCUGUUCAAAGAAAUCUUCCUGUUCAUAGUGUCAACUCAAUCAUUGCUACAUUCAGAACACCAUUCUGGAUAAAUGAUAAACAUUGGUUUGCUACUUGUGAUCAUGUUGUAAAAACAUCUCAAAUCAUCCUUUACACUAAACCAAUUUGUAUGAAUGAUUGCGAGAUUUUAGUCAGAUGUGAGGCUUUGCCAAUGAAUAGUGUUUGCCGUCUCAUCAAGCAUCGAACAAAUGGAAGUGGUGAUAUUAUUGCAACAGAGACACUUACGGUGUUGGACCUUACAGGAUAUCCUAUCGGAGAGCAAGGAGCACAAGAUUUAGCUGAUGUGUUAUUAAAUGAUGUGACACUUAACACACUCAAUCUUCAAGAGACUCAUAUCGGAGACAGUGGACUAGAACAACUAACUUAUGCACUACAAAAUAAUACGGUGGCUAUGACCAUUUAUAUUUCUUUGAUUCUCUUACUAACUCACUGCUCUUUUGUACAGACACUUACUACACUUCACAUUGGAAACAAUGAAAUCGGAACAGUCGGAGCACAGUAUUUAGCUGUGACAUUACAAACUAACUUAACACUUCUUACACUUCAUCUUCCAUUAAAUCAAAUUAUGAAUGAAGCAUUGCAAUAUCUGGCCAAUGGAUUACAAUAUAAUACGACGCUCACUACACUUGAUCUUCGAUUUAAUUCAAUUGGAGAUAAUGACGCAAAACAACUCGCAAACGUAUUAGAAAAUAAUAAAUCGCUUAUUACAUUGGAUCUUAGCGGAAAUAGUUUGGGGGCUGCAGGAGUACAAUUUCUUGUUGAUGCAUUAACACGAAAUAAUACACUGACAACACUUGAUCUUAGGGGAAACAAUUUUGGCGCAAAAGGAGCACAGUUUGUAGCUGAUGCAUUACCUCAUAUUACAGUACUUACUACACUCAAUCUUUCAUGCAAUUUAAUAUGGAACAAAGGAGCAAAGCUUAUAGCUGAUGCAUUACUAUAUAACACGUCAUUAAGUAUACUCGAUCUUUCUGGAAAUGAUAUUGAGGAAGCCGGAGCACAAGACUUGGCUAAUACCUUACAAAAUAAUACAGUAAUCUUUCGUGCAUAUGGCUUUGAAUUGAGUUUUAAUCUUGCUCGAUAUUUUCUUUGUUUGGUUUCAAUCGAUCGAUGGAUGAUCACUUCAUCUAGCGCUAGACUUCGUCAGCAGAGCUCAAUUCGCCUCUCUCAAUGGUUGAUUAUGACUGGUGUAAUCUUCUGGGCAAUAUUUAGUUUGCAUGCACCUAUUGGGUAUCAACCUACUGCACUUGAUUGUACAGCACCAUUGGGUUCUAAUUAUGCAUUUUUUGUCUCAAUUGAAAGUAUUGUUAUUUCAAUGGGAACAAUGGUUGUUAUCAGUGUAUUUAGUGUUUUGACUGUGUUCAAUCUACAUUCCCGGGUUAAUCGUCAGAUUCAUCCAAUAGCAACAAAUAUUUCGAUUCAUAUUGAAACACAACAAACGAUCAUGCCAAAUGCACAGACUGCACAGCAACUGUUCAAACGAAAUAUGCAUUUAUCACCAAAUGGUGAAUAUUUACUUAUUAAUACUCGACGUCCAUUAUGGAAUUCGAAUUCAUUCGAAAGUAAUUUAUGGUUAUAUCAAACUAUUGAACGUCAAAAAAAAUUGAUUACAAAUAAAUUAUUUGCAGAUAUUAAAUAUACAUGGUCACCAAGUGGAAAAUGGUUUUUCUUCUUAUUGAAAAAUAAUUCUGCAGUAAAUAAUUUAAAGUUUCGAUAUUUAUCGAAAACUGAUUUAAAUGUUGAACAAAAUAUUUAUUUAUAUUCAAUUGAAAACGAUGAAAUAAAAUCAAUUUCUCUUGGAAAUGAUAUUCCUAUAGCUAUAACUUGGUCACAAGACGAUUCAUCUCUUUAUUAUGCUACAAUUAAUUUAAAUUCAACAGAUAAUUUAAAAUGGAAUGAUAUUAUUCAAUAUCCAUUAAAUCCAACUUGUAUAAUUCGUCAUAUUAAUAUUGAUACAAUGUUAAUAACAGAUAUUGCUAAUGUUCCUUUUCUAAUUGGUGAACUUUUAUAUAGUUCAAUUGAAGAAAAAUUGAUUUUUAGUACUAGGUCGUAUAUUGUGGAUAAUAUAGAUAUUCUUCAAAUAUAUUCGAUGGAUUUAAAAAAUGUUUCUUCAAUUAUUAAAUUAACAAAUGAUUCUCCUUUAAAACAAAAUCUACAAUUAUCAUUGGACAAAAAAAAAGUUCUCUUCGUAACUGUUCCUACUGGUUCAAUGAAUGAAAGAGCCAAUUUGACACAACAACGACUGUAUUCCAUCGAUUUAAUAAACGGUUCAAUUGAACGUUGGGUUGCUGAUUUUCAAGGAAAUGUUAUUAGUUAUACAAUAAAAUCAGAUGGAGGUGUUUAUAUUCUUGGUCAAUUGGGAAUUACUGUUCAAAUCUAUUCUCAAAUAACUCCUAAAAAUAAAUCAAUUUUACAUAAUGGAUGGAAUGGAUCAUAUCCAUUGAUAUCAUCAUCAACAACAUUAGUCAAUUCGAUUGCUUUUGUUUUUACAUCGUUUACAAAAGCAGAAGAAGCGUAUUUUAUAACAGAUAUUAAUCAAUUAAAAUCAGCCGUACCGAUUACUAACGAAAAUAAUGAGUAUGAUCAAAUUAAUCUUCCUGAAUGUCAAGUUUAUCGAUGGGAAAAUAAUGAAGAUAAUCAAACAAUUGAAGGAAUUUUACAUUAUCCACCUAGAAAAUUUCAACAGAAAAAUUUACCUCUACUUGUUCUUAUUCAUGGUGGUCCGGGUAGUGCAAGUUUGAAUUGUUUUCUAGUAUUUGAACUGAACUAUCGUGGUUCAACUGGUUAUGGUGAUCAAUUUACUGAUGAAAUACGAUAUCAAGCAUUGAUACGUCCACAAAAAGAUAUUCUUUCAGGCAUUGAUCAUCUCAUAAGCGAUGGCAUUGUUGAUAAAACUAAAUUGACAAUUGGUGGAUACAGUUACGGUGGGAUUCUUACCAAUUGGAUUAUUACUCAAACGAAUCGUUUUAAUGCUGCUCUAUCUGGUGCUGGUUCGAUCGAACAAGUUUCUUUUUGGGGUAUGACAGAUAUGCCUAUUUAUAUUGGUGAGCUAUUUGGAGGUUUUCCAUGGGAAAUACCAGAAACAUACCAGAGUCAAUCACCUAUUUAUUAUUUUGAUCAAGUUCGUACACCGACACAUAUCGUUGCUGGCGACAUUGACAUACGAGUACCUUUUAGCCAAAGUUUAAUGUUAGAGAGAGCAUUUCGUUUUCUUGGAAUACCAGUCAAGUUAUUACUGCUUCCAAAUGAAGAACAUGUUUUAUAUAAGAAUCCUUGGCAUGGAAAAAUUAAAGUGCGAGAAGAAAUUGAAUGGUUACGAUUAUAUGGAUAUAAUUCUACCAUAAAAGAUCGAAAAACAAUCAAAUAA